AUGGCGCCAUCAACACUCGAUUUGUUCAUCCUCACAUUCAACUGUGCAAAGAACCUCAUUGAGGCCUCUGUCUUCGCAUCGCACUUGCACGGUGCACUAUUGCAGAAUGGCACCGGCCUGCCAGAUCUUGUCGUAUUCUCGCUCCAGGAGGUAGCGCCCAUCUCUUACUCCUUCAUCGGCUCAUACUUCCUGAGCCCCUAUUACGCCCGCUUUGGAGAGGCGCUCAAUCUCGCAUCGGAGCGACUGCUGGCGAGCACGGGCGCCGACGAUGGCGAAGACGCCUCUGCCCCGAUGCUCCAGACGGGCGCCAGGCCGCAAGGGGGGAGGACAGCGCCAUACACGCUGGUGCGGGCCAAGAAUGUCGGCAUGACGGCCAUUCUGCUCUAUGCCCGGGACCCGAUCGCCAUUCGGACAAUCGAAGAGGCAGAGUGCGGUUUCGGCGCGGCCGACAUGGGUAACAAAGGCGCCGUUGGGCUGAGAGUCACCUUGGGCGGCCAGCGAGGCGACGACGGGACAGAAGCAGGAGCCAAGACCACAGAACUCACCUUUGUGGCCGCGCACCUCGCCGCAAUGGAAUGGAACCUCAAAAAGCGCAACUCCAACUGGCGCACCAUCGUGUCCGGCCUGACGUUCGCGAACCCGCGGAGCAUCCUCCCGGGCAUCUUCCCCGAGCACGGCGCCGGUCCAACGCCAGACCGCUCCGGCGCAGGCGACACCGCGCCACCACCCCGUCUCUACACCGGCGACAGCCCGGAUCCCUCCGAGGAAGAGGAGGCCAGCGACGAAGACGAGCAACCCCUCCUCUCGCAGCAGCAACAACAACAACAGCAACAGCAACAAACACCCCCGGAUUCAUCCCUCUCCCCCUCCCAACGCGCCGCCCUCCAAUCCAUCUCCAUCUACAAACCCUCCUCGCACCUCUUCGUAGCCGGCGACCUCAACUACCGCAUCAGCUCCACCACCCCGCCGCCUCUCGCCCCGUUCCCCUCCUUCGACCCGUCCUCGGAGCACCACUACCCGUCCUUCCUGCCGCGCGACCAGCUCACGCGCGAGCGCCUCGCCAACCGCACGCUGCACGGCCUGGCUGAAGCGCCCAUCGCGUUUGGGCCGACCUACAAGUUCGACAUCUUACCAUCUCCGGAUGGCGGCAGCAGCAGCAGCACUGCAUCUCAGACGGGGACGGGGACGGGGACGGGGGAGGUGCCGUGGCGGUUUGCCCCGCACCGCUGGCCCAGCUGGUGCGACCGCGUUCUGUACCUGGACGUGCCCCGCUGGGUGGCUCUUCCUCCUGCUGCUGCUACUACCACUACUACUACUACUACUAGUAGUAGUAGUAGUGUGGACGGCAAAACUAAGGUCCAGGUCGAGGUCAAGGCAUAUGAUGCCCUGCCCGUGGUGGCGAGCAGCGACCACCGGGGCGUUUUCUUCCGGGCGAGGGUGCCUGUUCUGGCAGAGGCCGAGAUGACGCCCCCUCCCGAGUUGGAGGGGGAGGAGUAUGACCACGACCCGAGGGUGAGGAUGCCUGUGCCGGUGGACGUGCAUGCCUGGGAGAGGCGGGCGGCGGCCAGGCGGAGGGAGAAGGUGGUGGGGUGGUCGGCUUUGCUGUGGAGCACGAGGGAGGGCGCCGUACUGCUGGCGACGGUGGUGGCGUUGGGCGUUGGCGGGUGGUGGUUGUGGAGGGUCUGGUGA